AUGAAGCCUUACCGGGCACCCCUGGUCAAUCUCUUGGAGCGUUUUCAAAAAGUGCAAGAGGACCUUCGAGAUGCUGUUAGGGAGCGCAAGGUCGCUGUGGAGAAGGUGUCCUCCUCUACUCGCAAGAGUUCGCAGCUGAUGAUCACCUUGCUGUACCAACAAGGUCGUGUUGACGAGUCUAAUGCUUUAGCAACACGUCAACGUCGCCUGGUGGAAGAAUUGCAAGAGGAGAUCCAUCGUGCUCGCAAUCAUGCUGCUUUUGUUGAGCAAAUGGUCAAGGAGUACCCUGAUGAGGGUUAUUACAAGGUUGUCCUGCCCCCCCUUUCGCAGCUCGAAGGUGAUCUUAAUAAGGCUCGCGAGGACCUCCGCCGUGUUGCUACCCUUGCUCACCGCCUUCAUUGUUCCGACCCUGUGACCGUCCUUCACCACCAUCACCGUUAUAUCGGGGCGAUUAUUGAAGCUGUGGUCGCCUUCCUCCAUCGUGGACUGGAGUCUGAAGACCCUGACGUUGUUACCCACAACUUCGGGUUGGCGUUGGAUUACAUGCAGGUGGCUCGGGGUGUCCACGGAGAUCUUUAUAUCCAGUCCAUUAGUAGCAUUCAAUGGUUCUUUAACAACGCUGUGGACGAGGAUGAGGGUCUCUAUUGCCUGGUAUCGGAACACUCCCGGUUCGACAAUGAUGGUCCUUUCCUGACGGCUGCUCAGCAUGUGGGUUUUGCUCCUCCCCCCGAUAACUCCCUUGAACCUCCUCUUCACAGACGAAUGUUGGCGCUGUCCACAGCUCUCCCUCAUAGCGACGGCGUUGGGAGGUGGGAUGAUAUCGUUCCUGCCCUUCCCAGUGUCAACCAGCUGACUGCGGAUUGGGAGCAGUUGAUGUUACGCUACAUUCAUCACAUCACGGAUGUUCCCCUGUCUGGCACGGAUACCCAAGUUCCCAUGUCGUCGGUGGAGCCCGGUACUGAGUCAUUGGCCGAAGUAAUGGGUGUGGGCAACACCCUGCCAAAAUGUCAGGUUCCCACGGGACAUCCGAAUUUGGAAGCAUAG